AUGACGAGCUACGAUCGCGACGUCGUCGUCAACUGCCUCAAGCGGCACUACGAGCUGCUGGUGCGCAUGGGCUACAUGGACGUUUCAGCCGUUGAACUCCCUCCCGCCGCCGGCUGGAGCGACACGGAGCUCCGCGUGGAUGCACUCCGGGCCAUGGGCCGCUCCGAGACCGUCAUUGAUCUUCUGCGGCACAUCCCCUUCGUUCACGAGAAUGAAGAGUCGGACCCCGUCGAGAUUUACACCGAGACGUUCCCGCUACGGUACUUGCGCGACGGGCGGUGGUUCGGCGGCGCCAAUGGUAUUCACGGCGACGGCGCCGAAGUGUUUGCCAACACGGCGCUUUUGGACCUCGGGUUUGCGCCAUUUGAUGGGCCCGUGCCGGCCGAUAUGGUCUCGUUGACGCAUGCGGAUGAGGGAAUCUGGUGGUUGAUUGAUACGAAUCAAGGAUGCAUCUACCCUUACGGGACCGAGUUCGACAAGCGCGAGGAGGACGUUCCCGCGGACAAGCAGUGGCUUGUUGUGGACCCGGUUCCCAUCCAGGCUUACUUUGACAAGAUCUAUGCCCAGGUCGGCAACCUGGAUGUUGUGCCAGCGCCCCGCUCUGGGAAGUGGGAGGCGAGAGUUGUCGAGGAGUACACCGAGGAAGGCCAGACUGUUGACUGA